AUGUCUUUGGCCAUGGAUAAAAUUCUUAUUAGUCUUGGUCUUGUCCUCUUAUUCACUUUGCUCAUCGGUAUACGUGCUGGUUCAGCUAUCGAUGUUGCUUAUCCCGAUCGUUUUCCUCAAUUAAAUGAAGACCAAAAUUUUGGCGAUGAUAUUCAUUAUUUGGCUAAACGACGUUUUUUACCUACGCGACGUGAAUUAUAUCAAUAUGUUAACGAUGAUUUCAGUAGUGAAGAUGAUGAAGAAGAUUCAAAUUUCAAUAGAAAACGGUAUUUUUUGAAAUCCAAACGUUAUUUUCUUAAUAGAAAAUGA